AGGCAGCGGGGAGCAAGCGGCGCGGGCACGGCGGCCGAGGCAGCCCGGCCCUUCAAGCACCAUGUCCGCCGCUCCGGCCAGCAACGGGGUGUUUGUCGUCAUCCCGCCCAGCAACGCCAGCGGCCUCCGCCAGCCCCCAGCCAUCCUGCCCACCUCCCUGUGCCAACCCCCCGGGGCCCUGCAGUUCGAGGAGCCGCCGCUGGGGGCGCAGACGCCAAGGGCUGCGCAGCCGCCCGACCUGCGGCCCAUGGAGACGUUCCUGACCGGAGAGCCCAAAGCAUUAGGGACCGUCCAGAUCCUCAUCGGCCUCAUCCACCUGGGCUUCGGCAGCGUGCUGCUCAUGGUCCGCCGCGGCCACGCGGGGAUGCUCUUCAUCGAAGGAGGCGUCCCCUUCUGGGGAGGAGCCUGCUUUGUCAUCUCUGGGUCGCUCUCAGUGGCAGCCGAGAAGAGCCACACCAGCUGCCUGGUGAGGAGCAGCCUGGGGACCAACAUUCUCAGUGCCAUGGCGGCCUUUGCGGGGACGGCCAUCCUGCUCAUGGACUUUGGCGUCACUAACUGGGAUGUGGGCAGGGGCUAUCUGGCCGUGCUUACCAUCUUCACCAUCCUCGAGUUCUUCAUCGCGGUCAUUGCCACCCACUUUGGGUGCCAAGCCACCCGCGCUCAAGCCAACACGCCUGUGAUUUUCCUGCCCAGCGCCUUCAGCACUGACUUCAACAUCCCCAGCCCCGCAGCCUCUCCGCCCCCCGCCUAUGACAAUGUGGCCUAUAUGCCCAAGGAGUCAUCCGAGUAGAGGUCCCUCCGCGGGUUGGAAGCCAGCCAUUCCCCUGUGGGCCCAGCCUCCCCAGCCCGCACCGCGUUAAUCUGGGGGCACCCCAACCCCCCACCCCAUUCCUCACAUUGUGGCACCCAAGUGAAACAUUCCCCGGGGACGUCUGUCCCAGAC